GAAACACCGUCAAAAUAAACAGUAUCUGUGGCACGGGCAGGGAGGAGCUCGCGGCUCCUUCACUGCACCGUGUUCGCCCGUUAACGCUGCUCCUCACGGACUUUUCUCGUCGGCCCGCAGCGAGCAGACGUGAUGAUGGCGUCCGCGGAGCUGUGGCAGGAGCUUUAUUAUGGCGUUAAGCUCUCCUCCUUGGGCAUCCGGACGGCCAUGGUGGCUCUGGCCGUUUUCGUAUCUGUGUUGUUGUACGUGGUGCGCCGCCGCCAGAGCAGGAGGUACGCGAACAUCCCCCCGGGGCCGAAGCCCCUGCCCCUCAUAGGCAACUGCGCAUUCUUCCUCCUCCCGGACUACCUUAUAACGCGGCUGGGGGGCACUCGGUGGCUGGAGCGCGUGUCCGCGCAGCGCGCGCCGCCCUCGCCGCAGGUGAUCCUCAUGAAGCAGUCGGAGGUGUACGGCCCCAUGUACAGCGUGUUCGUGGGCAGCCAGCUCGUCGUCAUCCUCACCGAGUACGAGGCCAUCCGGGAUGCGCUCACCAACCGGGCCGAGGUGUUUUCCGACAGACCCGACGUGCCCAUCGUCACCAUCCUGACGAAGCGCAGAGGCAUUGUGUUUGCGCCCUACGGUCCCGUCUGGAGGCAGCAGCGGAAGUUCUGCCACGCCGCCUUGCGCAGCUUCGGUUUCGGCAAGCUGAGCCUGGAGCCGGUCAUCCACGAGGAGCUUGCCUUUGUCAAGCAGGAGCUGCUGCGGCUGAGCGCCGAGGGCGGCGCCAUCAAUCCGGCUCCUCUCAUCAACGGCGCCGUGUCCAACGUCAUCUGCUCCAUCAGCUUCGGGCGCCGCUUCCAGCACAAGGAUGAAGAGUUCCGCCUAAUGUUGGACCUCAUGUCCCGAGGGCUCGAGGUGGUGAUGAACAGCCCGGCCCUGCUCAUCAACGCGUUCCCCUGGCUUUACUACUUGCCCUUUGGCGUCUUCAAGGAGGUGCGCAAUGUGGAGUCCCGCAUCGUAGGCUUCCUGAAGGGAAUCAUCACCCAGCACAAGAGCACUCUGGACCCCGCGAACCCUCGGGACCUCAUCGACAUGUAUCUCACCGAGGCGACGCAGAAUCAGGAGACCGCGAGUUCCGGAGGGAACAGCUUCACUGAGGAUUACCUCCUCUAUAUUAUCGGGGACCUCUUCAUUGCCGGCACCGACACCACCACCAACACGCUUCUCUGGAUCCUGCUCUACAUGAGUCUGUACCCAGAAGUGCAAGAAAAGGUCCAGAAGGAGAUUGAUUCUGUGGUGCCACCAGACAGGACCCCCUCAUUGACUGACAAAGCCAGGCUGCCAUUCACAGAGGCCACCCUCAUGGAGGUGCAGAGGAUGACCGUGGUCGUUCCUCUAUCCAUACCGCACAUGGCUUCGGAGACCACAGAGUUUCGUGGAUACACAAUCCCCAAAGGCACGGUGAUUUUCCCACACCUGUGGGCGGUGCACCGGGAUCCCACUUUGUGGGAAAAACCGGAUGUCUUCAAUCCCUACAGGUUCCUUGAUGAAAACGGAGAAGUGAAUCGAAAAGAGUUCUUCAUUCCAUUUGGCACAGGGCGCAGGGUGUGCAUGGGCGAGCAGCUGGCCAAGAUGGAGCUCUUCCUCAUGUUCUCAACCCUGAUGCAGGCCUUCAGCUUCAGGCUUCCAGAAGGAGCGCAGCCGCCCCCCAUGGACGGCAAGUUCGGCCUCACCCUGGCCCCAUGGCCGUUCAACGUGUGCGUGACUGCCCGCUGAACGCUGCCUGUUGCCUGCUGCCCACUAAUGGCAGCCUUGUGGCUAUGUCAUUGUCCCAAAGGGCCUUGGUGCAGAUGAGCCAAGGAGUGUUUAUUUACCCUUUUGAUGCUGCGGUGGACAGUGUCAAUGUCCACUGGAGUCACCGCAGGUUAUGUGGGCAGGGAUCGAUCGGAGGCAUGUUAAAUUGAGUCUUUUAAAAGUGUUGUGCUCUGGAAAAUGGUUCUUUAUGGGCAACAAGGGAAAAAUCCUGUAAUAUUAAAGUAAAAUGUUUACUUGUCUUAAUUAAGAUAACCAAAUCGAGUUGCAGAACAGUUUUGUACUGUUAAGGAAAAGACUAUAAUUUUUUGAGGGAAAUUUAGUUUUUGUGUUCAGGAAUCAUACCAGAAUUUUGUUUAAGUGAAUACAGUUCUACUUGUGAAAGGCAUUUAAUUUGUCUUAGUACUUUACAGGCUAGUUUAAGUAAAGGCAUGUAGAACAGCCUUUCAUAUCUUUAUUUUUAUCUUUUUAAAAGGGUCUAUAAAUUUCAGUCUUAUUAAAUACCAAGGAACAUAGUUUCUGAAGUUAAAAUAAAUAUGCUGUACUAAGGACUAAGCAAGUAGUUCCUGGGAAUGUGUCUAAAGUACCUGCAAGUACCUCCAUUUCUGAUUGAUUAAUAUUCCUAUACUUAAAAAAAAAAAAAAAAAAGCCUACGAUAAUUUUACCGUCUUAUAACAAGUGUCCUUAUAUCUGUAAAUACGUAUAUUCAGAAACUGCUCUUAAAGACUUGCAAAAAAUAUAUAUAACUUCAAAGGUAUCUUUUGAGCACUUUGUGUUAAGAAGUCAGUAAAUAUGCACCUUAAUGAUUCUUUAGGUAUAUGGCAUUCAGGAUGCAAAGACCUGUGUGUUUUUUUUCUUCAUUUCGAGAAUCGUUGUGGGGGGACAAACAUAUCAAUGGUGCUCGGGCACUCUGGUAAAAUCAGGCUAAACACUGAAGUGCUCUUUGCAGUUGUUCACUUAUAAAGAUGACAGACGCGUUCUGUUUUUAUUGCUUCAUCUGCUGCUGUACUACAAUAAACAAUUAAAUUUGAC